GUUGUGUUGAGGAAAUGGAGACCGCAGCGAUGGCGGAUCCUCCACACGUUACGGAUGCCAAAAAGCUGGAGUAUUUCUCCUCUAUUAACUCCAUGGCCCGUAAGAUCAUGCAGGAGAGGGAGAAGAUAAAGGAGGGCUACGGUUCGGUGUGGGAUCAAAUGAGCCCGGCCGAACAGGACACAGCGAUAGAUGAAGGCAUGAUGGACCCGCGGAUCCGGGCUCGGUACGCUAUGCACCGGGUGGACAGAGAGGAGGUGAUAUGUUACCCGAAACUGCUCAUCCAGACCGGACAGAAGACCGUACACUUCGGAGAAGAGGACUUAACUUGGCAAGAUGAGCACUCAGCUCCUUUCUCUUGGGAGACCAAGAGUCAGAUGGACUUCAGUCUGAUCUCUGGUGCUAUGGAACCGGGUGUUCCCUCCUCAGGGAACGAUUCUAAACCCAAAACCUCUCAGAGUAGCAAGCUGCCCAGCAGUGACGAGUCCUCCUUCUGGAAGAUCAGUGCUGAAAGAUCCAGACUAGAGGGCGAGAAGGCUGAAUUUCAGUCUCUGACGCCCAGCCAGAUCAAGUCUCUGGAGAAAGGGGAGAAACCCUUGCCCUCGUACCUGAGGCUAGAGUCCGGGCAGAGGGAGACAGAGGAAGCCCACGUCUUGCGUCCGGUUAAACAGAAAGCCCCCAAACCUCCAGCACCUCCGCCCCCCGUUCCCAUCAGCACGACCCCGGUGGCGAUCAGUGUAACCCCAAUGCCUCCUGCUCCUGUGAGUGUGUCCUCCACAGAUGGAGAGUGGGAAAGAGCCCAGAGUACUCUUCCUUCUGUAAGUGCUCUGGAUGAUGUGUUCAGUCCUGGUCUGGUCACCAGGUCUUCCUCUCAGUCCAACAGCACAGCCAAAGAUGGCAACAAGGCAGAUAGCUCACCCACCUCCAGCCCUACCUUCUCACAGUUCAACACCAGCAGCAGUAUUCUGAAGACUGGAUUUGACUUCUUGGACAACUGGUAACACUUGAAUAUACUGAAGAACCCAUUCCAAGUGGCAGGACCUACAAGCAUCACAAACCCAACACUACAGAACACCUUCUUUUUAUAUCCUAAUUCUUUAGUUGUUUAUUUAGGAUGCAUACAUAUCUCAAAGACUCAAUUAAAAUAUCCUUCUGUCUGAUUCUAUUUUACUGGUUUAAAGUUACAGAAUGCAUGAGCUAUUUAUGAAUGAGAUUUUGAACUGAGCAUCUGUCUUUCCUAUUUUGUUUUUAUGCUUAGUAUAUACAAUUUUGUAAGUUUGGGAGACAGCUUUCACACUAAUCAAACAAGCCAGGCUUAAUGGGCAAUCAAACUUGGGGCCACAUCAAAACCUUUAGACUCUAGCCUGGCACUAAAGACAUUUAGUUUGAAAGCCACAUCACUCCCACUGCCCUACACUUAAUAUUAUUAUAAUCUAGACCUCAAUACUAGUGUUAAGAUGCUUCAUUGCACAUUUACUGAUGGCGACCUAAAUGAAACACCAUAGCAUAGAGACAACUUGCUCCUUGGUUGUUUUGUAGACUUUUUUUUAUUUUUAUGCACACUACUUUCAUUGUAUGGUUUGAUGUGAAUCAUGUACUUUUCAGACUUUGUCCCCAUUCUCCCUUCCUUGUCUUAUGAUAAAUGAAGCAAUACUUUGGCCAGAAACGUACUCUAUGCAGGAACGCAAAUGCUUGGCCAAUGCAUUGCAAGAGCAUGUUCCAGUUAUACAUAUAUAAAGUAUGUUCUUUUGUUAAGGUAUGGUCGCACUAGAGUUUCAUUUACUUUCAUAUACGUGAAAUGCAAGCUCAAAAAUUUCAGUAGAACUCACGGCUAUGUUUAAUAGUGAGAGUAAGAGCAUUUCGACACGCACAAUGCUACGAGAACUUACAUGAUUGGGACUAAACAGCUGUGUGGCCACAAGAAAGCCACUUGUUAGUGAGGCUAAUCAGAAAAAACUUCUUCAAUUUGCAAGGGAGCAUAAAGAUUGGACUGUGGAAGGGAAGGGAAGCACAUGAAGCGAUGCACCCGUCAUGCAUAGUGCCCACUGUACAAACCUCUGGAGGCAGUGUUAUGAUCUGGGGUUGCUUCAGUUGGUCAGGUCUAGGCUCAGCAAAUUUAUACGGCAAUAAAAUGAAGUCUGAAGCUGAGUACGUGAAUGUACUGAAUGACCAGGUUAUCCCAUCAAUGGGUUUUUUCUUCCAUGAUGGCACAGGCAUAUUCCAGGAUGACAGUGCCAAGAUUCAUCGGGCUCAAAUUGUGAAAGAGUGGUUCAGGGAGCAUGAGAAAUAAUUUUCACACAUAAAUUGGCCACCACAGACUCCUGACCUUAACCCCAUUGAAAGUCGUUGGGAUGUGCUGGAGAAGACUUUACAGAGUGGUUCAACUCCCAUCAUCAAUACAAUAUCUCUGUCAAAAAUUAACAACUCUGGAUGGAAAAAUGUUUUGUGAUGUUGCAUAAGGUUGUUGAAACAAUGCCAUGACGAAUGCGCACCGUAAUCAAAGCUAAAAGCGGUCCAAUAAAAUAUUAGAGUCAGUGUACAUUCAUAGAUCUGUCAUGUAAAAUGGAUAGAAUAAAAUAAGGAAACUAACUUGUAUUGUUUGUCAUUUUAGGUUUUGUCUCAUUGUAGGGGGCAGUGAAGCACUAAUUAAAAACAGAACUGAAGCAAAGAUGGAGAUCCACUCAUAAAUCUCAUGACAGUUUUACCCUGCUUGUCAAAUAUUUCAAGAGGUCACUGCCCGUUAUGUUUAGUUUCAUAAAAUAUCACCAUUGGAUGUGUGCUAACAUAAUUGCUCACAUAUGUGGCAUUUUCAAAAUGCUACCAACAUGCUCUAUUUAAAGAGGUUUUAUUCCCUGAGCUAGUUUUUUGGGGGGAUUUUUGGGAUUGUUGUAAUUGCUCCACAUGUUUUUAAAAAGACCCAUAGUUUUCCAAGAAGUCAUUGAACUAUAAAGGUUUAGAUUUGUUUUUUUAAAGUGCAACAUUUUCCUCAUUGUGUUUCUUCAGAUAUAGCAUUACGGUUCCUGGCUGGCUGUUUGUAGGUCUGAAUCAUUUUGAAGGAGUUUUGGGCCAGUCAAUGGAAGGAGAUUUGCAUGCAUACAUACCACAAAUAUCUAUGGACUUAGUGAGCAUUUUACGUUCUUAGUUUAUCAACAAGCUAUUACUUAUAAGGGAUCUGUUGCUGGAUCGGAUUUCUGGACGGUAUAAUGGUCUAGACAAAGCCAUCUGGGAGAAAUUCAC